AUGUCGUCCGCACCAAUGAGCGAAAAUAAAGAUGAUGAAUCUGAAAGGCCCUUUCUCGAAAUAGCAAUCUUCAACGCUUCAUCCGCCCAGAUAGCAUAUACAUCAUCCGCCGACCGCCUAGAGCUCUGCGCCGAGGGAUCAAGUGUAAAUGGCGGCACAACUCCGUCUCUCUCAACACUGAAGUCUGUCAUUACCUCACUUCAGCGCGUUGAUUCGACGAAAAUUGAUGAAGCGGAUCAUGUCACUGCAACAGAAGCGAAGAAAUCAAUACCAAUCUACGCCAUGAUCCGCCCUCGGGGUGGGGAUUUUGUCUACUUUGAUGAGGAAUUCGAGACUAUGAAGGAGCAAUUACUUGCCUUGAAAUCGGCUAUUUAUUCUCAGGCUGGAGAGAUCGAAUCACAAGAGGAGAUCUCCUUUGGAAAGGUCAAUGGUUUUGUAUUCGGUAUCUUGACAAAAGAAAGCAAAGUUGAUCGAGUGAAAAAUGCAGAAUUGGUGAGACUUGCAGCGCCUUUGCCGUGUACAUUUCAUCGUGCUUUUGAUGAGGUUAUUACAUCCUGCGAGAAGAACAACGCUCCGGAUAGCGGGGAAAUUAGGCUUCUGCCGCAGACAUUGAUAGAGGAACUUGAAGCUGUGAUAAGUGCUGGGUUCGCGUCUAUUCUUACUUCUGGAGGGACUGGAAGAAGUGCUGUAGAUGGCGCGAAACAUAUAGCAGCAUUGACUGAAGCCGCUAAAGGCAGGAUUGAGAUUAUUGCGGGUGGUGGUGUGCGGUCGACGAAUGUGAGGGAGUUGAGGAGACAAAGUCCGCGUACUCGCUUCUUUCAUUCGAGUGCUCUAGUGGCUAAAGGAGGUGGGCAGGUGAUGGAUGUUGCUGAUGGCGAUGAAGUGUGUGCUUUGAAAAGAGGGUUGGCCCCUUUAUCUUAG